UUACCAGUCCGAACACACUGGUUUACGGAGGCGUGCAGUUGACGUAUUCGUCCCUCUUUACUCAUGAUAUCAUCGUCACGCCGCCAAAUUCCGUCCUCCAAAUAUUCUGUUCCCGGCAGUCGUAGAGCCGUCUCGUCGCACACCUCUACCUCUUGGCCUGGGCAGUGCCUAUGGCGCCAUCCAAGAAACGACAUCGCCAUACAAGGGAUCAGCGUGCAGGAAGGGAACGCCAUCAUGGGAGAGAACACCAUAAGGGGAAACUGAACCGCUCCCCUUCGCGUGAUCCCGUAUCUAUGCCAGAGACUCCAGAGGUCUUCCGAUAUGAACAGCUCGAUCCUUCAGUGGAUUCCAUUCGGCUUCUCGAGCUUGAGCCUGCAGAGAACCCGCAAAUACUCAGGUGCAGAAUUAUCCACGUGCCAUUUCGCAACAGGCCUAAAUAUGAAGCACUGUCGUAUACCUGGGGUUCCCCUGAACUCACCGGCACCAUCCUGCUUAACGGGACUCCAAUGGCGAUCCGACCAAACCUUCACGAUGCCUUACUGGCCUUACGGCGAGAUCACAAGCCAAGAUUGAUCUGGGCCGAUGCUAUUUGCAUCGAUCAAAGCAAUCUGGCAGAACGCGAACGGCAAGUCCGAUUUAUGGACUCUAUAUACGCUCGCGCAGCAAGAGUCCUGAUCUGGCUGGGUGAAGCGGACCAAAUGAUCCAGACAGCAUUCAAGUCUGAUUUGGAAAACCUCGAAGAAAGUGAGAGGCACACGUUUUGUUCCUGGAUCUGUGGCCACAAGUAUUGGACUCGACUAUGGAUCAUACAGGAAGUUACCCUAUCGCAGGAUCUGAGAGUCUGUAUCGGACGCCACUCCGAGAAAUGGGAAGCAUUUCUUGAAUCGUUGAACCAACAUGCAGGGAAAUACGACGAACUAAGUCACCAGAUGCGGAUAAUCAAGAACCUUGAUCAGAAACGGAGGGGUCGUUUGGGUGAUACAAGCCGCCUGGAAAAGUUAUUAGAAGAUUUUCGAUACGCCGAAUGCCAGGAGCCGAGAGAUAGAAUAUAUGGCUUGCUAGGGUUGGCUCAUGUACUGAGGCCCAUAGCUAGCUAGUCGACAAAACAGAGAAGCGAGAUUUGAUUUUCUGAUUUUCGAUUUCUGAUUUUCUGAUUUCUGAUAACCGUACAUACCUGCCCCUCUAUUUUUAGGGUAUUAUAGUAGGGUUUUUUCUCUCUUGUCCCGUGACUACCGUUAUGUAUCCUGCUUCCCAGGUAUACUGGUACUAGUUUAAGGGAUUAUAUAAGAUCUCUAUCUAUAUAUAUAAUUAGCCUUCCUAAGAUAUUAACUUUCGGAGUUUCUUAUUUUUGACUAUUUAUAUUAUUUUAUUACUAGUACU